AUGAAACACUCCUACACGAUUUGCUUCACGCUAAUCUCGGUCACCCUUUUGCCGCCCGUCUCUCGGGCAACGCGACCCUCGUUCACCAGGAAGUACCAAUCCGACGAUGACGACAACCACGUCGACUACGCCGAUUACUACGAGGAGGAGGACUCCUUCGGCCGCAACGCUUCCGAUGAGAAAGGCCAAUACGUGGGCGCCCUCUGCGAGUUCACUUGCAGCCCCAAAUUGCCGCACGUCUACUGCAACCCCGUCUCCGGCAAGUGCGAUUGCGACAAAAAAUAUCCGGUUAAACUCCAGAAUCCGUACGCGGGAUGCAGCAAACCCAAACGAUUGGGCGACCAAUGUUAUUACAAAGAGACGUGCCAAUAUACUGACCAGCACGCAUCCUGCAUACAGGUGCACCACAACGCGAUAUGCCAAUGCGAAAAUGGUUAUCAUUCCGUGUCUCUUCCGAAAAGUUCGAGAAGGACGUUCUGCGCAGAAGAUGUGGUGGUUAUAACGUCGAAUUUCUCGACGUUCGCCGGCGUCAUGUCCGGCAUAGCCAUACUAUCGGGACUAAUUUGUUUUGUACUGCAUCUCUUCAAUCAGAAUUUGUACGGGACUAGACACAACAGGCACAGAUUCGGCAACGCGAAUUUACCACCGCCCAUUCUAUUCUCCAGCGAUCCAGGCUCGUUACCAUUGCCCAUAAUCGAACGCAGUUCGACGUCGCGCGCCUCUAGCCAACGCACGUGCGCUAGCAUGCCGUCGCGGCGCUCCAGCAGCGCCCCUGGGUUCCGCACCGCGCCCGGUGCCGGCGUCUAUUCGAGAGCAGGUGCGGCCCGCGCUGCCGCCAUCUUGCUGCUCUCCUACUGUAACGUCGCUCCGACUGUAGAGAUAGAGCGCUCUAACGCUCGAUACGUAGAUACCAAAUUCAACGGUUCUAGACGGCCCAGCAUAGCGUCAGUGCACAGCGUCAGCUCGAUCCGGAGCUACAGCGCCAGAAGAUACGAGCGGGAGCGCAAGGAGAAGGAGGAACGCGAGCUGGAGAGGAGGUUUUCCAAGUUAUCGGGCACGAAUUCGACGGUGCGCAUCGCGCCCACCCCCAGUCCGCAUUCCACCGACGAUUUGCUACCCACUCUGGAAGAGGACCGGCCGAUACCUCCUUUGGCUACAAAAGAGGAUUCGACGACCAGUUUUCCAGAGGAAUUCCCUUCGACAUCCAAACAAUAUCCAUAA